AUGUGCAGAUUCUUUUGCUAUGGAGAGACAAUCAGGGAGAAGAGCAGCAUUUCUUAUUUUGUUGUUAAAAUGAAAAACCAAAGGAAACCUCAUCUUGACAGCCGUGGAAGAUUAAGGAAACUUAAUCCGAAAAAGUUAUCUAGAAAAAAGAGUAAGUUUUAUGCUCUCAUAUGUUAUUUUAUCAUGAUUCUUUAGAGACAUCAAUCACUUUGGAAUAAUGACCUUACGAUGCAUGAUUUUUAUGAUAUCUGGUAUUCUUUGCUACUCGAGGUUUCGGUAUUUCCUUGUUCACGAAUUAUUUACCUGAAGACGUUGAUUUUGGUGUGAAUGAUGCACCGAGAGAGAGAGAGAGAAGCAAAUUCAUUGGAUAUGUACUUUAUGUGGCAUUAAAACAUACACUAUGUAAGCUGAUAGAAUCGCAUGGUCUGUUCUUAUUCAGUCUUUCAAUAUCGAACAUGAUGAAAGUAUUAAAACGUCAAAUUUUUAUGGUUUCCUUUUGAAAGAAUCAUUUAUGGGAUAUUAAAAUGUUAAUGUUACCUGCAGAUUCAGGACAUUUUUAUUUCUUUCUCACCGCGCCUUAUCUAUAUUGAAUUAUUUAAUUCAAUAGAACAUUCCUGUCACUAUGAACCCUUGCUUUCCUUUGUACUUUCCUGGCCUUUAUGAGAAAAUCUUGAUGAAGGAGGGCUUUUCUACGAUAGAGAUAUGACCAUACUAUGUGAACGUUCACACACGGAGAGAGAUAUCCUUUUAACUGUACACUGAUAUAAUUCGGAGUAUUGUGUGGUGUUGGUUGAUUUGAAUUUUGAAUGUUUAGAGAUAAUUUGUUGUUUGGUGUAUUUAUAAGGUUUGGGCAAAUAUAAACUGGGACGUGUCUCUGUUGAUCCAUGCUUUAGCCUUGAUUUGGACAACUCGAAAGUGGGUUUCAGAAUAGAGUCAAACCAGUGUGUUCUAUGAGAUUCCAACCUUGAACUUGUCACACUGUCCAGUCAGUUCUACAGAAGCCUAGCAAGGUUAGAAUUUUGCUCUCAUCACUUCGGCUCUAGCCUGCGGUAAAAUAAAAUUCGCUUUUUGAACUGAGACGUUGUGAAUAAACUUAGAAAAAGAACGUAGCUAAUCUUGUAUCUUUUCUUAGGAUAAGAGUACUUUCCUGGGACUUUGAAUCCACCGAGAGAAGAUUUCUGGACCUCUUUCCUUUUUAGUAAUUUUUAAUUUGCAUAUAGUAUGUUCCAGUGAUUCUGUUCAUAAGUUGACAACUUAAAUUUUCAAUCUGAAUUGAAAAUUACUUAUGUUGGAAUUUUUCUGCUUAAAUAGAUGGUUCUCUGAGGGGACGCGGUUGGAAAUAUGGCUCUGGAUUUGUUGAUGGAGUCUUUCCAGUCAUGAGCCCAGUUGCACAACAGAUCCUGGAGUUCCUCUUGCAAGAGAAGGAUCCUGGGAAAGUCUGGCUCUCACUUGAUACACUUUCACCUACUCAUGACAUCUGGGACGAUCUCAUCAAUGUAGUUGUCCAGCUUCGUGUUAACAAACAAUGGGAUCCAAUUGUGUUAGUAAGCAGACCUAUCUACUUAGCUUUCUGUUCACUUUUCAUACCGAAUUGCAUAAGAAAGAAAUGUUAGGAGUAGCCAAUGACUAAAUAAUUUAGUUUUGUAAUUUGUAGUAUGGAGCUGUAGUGUGUAUUAUGAUUCUCAGUCAACUGGGUUAUUUUUAAACUAAUAUUUUACACAGUUACAAUCAGAUUUAAUACGCAUUCGCAGUAUUGAAAAGUAUGUUAUUAUUUUGUUUCCAAUGUUAUUUGCAUCAUUUUUUGAGGAAUUCCAUGAUUUUAUUUCUUUUGGAAUUAUCCAUUUCGUGAUUUUAUUGACAUUAUAUAUGGCUUUUGUAUUUUCCAUGAUGUCAUGUAUAUGUUUCAUGCUGAGACGAGGACAAUAGAAUACAAUGAAUAUCGCAUGUGAGGGAACACAUUGAAUACGGAUCUACACUUUUCUUGUGCCCUAAUUUCAGUGAAUCAGAUUCUAAUCUGAAAAUCUGAUGAUCUAAAGAUCACAAUGAUGGUUUUAACCAAUUCCACCUGAUUUCUUCAUUAUUAAAGUUUGUCUUAAUGGGGUAUUAACCGAACGGAUGGUAGUCUGCUCAUUUGGAAACAUAAAUUAUCGUGUCCUGAGGUGCAAGUACAUGUGGUUUCACGGAACAUUUAAAAGUUGACUUUCGGUAAAAAUUCUGUCCAAUCAUCGAAUUUCGUCAUCUCAACUUUUACAUGUUCUUUGACUUCUUAUGGAUGGAAUGUUGUCUUGUCACCUUCAGAAAGAAUCGUUGUCUUAUGUUGCAGCAUAAAACUACCAAGCUUACUUAGAAAAUUGUAUUUUUCUCCUGCCGGAUUUAAAUCUUACUUCAGCGCAUAACUACCAGGCUUUCUUGGCAAAAAUCUAUCUAGAACUGCGCCGUUUUGAAUCUAUGGCAAGUAAUUAACUUAAAACGAAAGCUAACUCGACCUGCCCGCCCUCAAGAACUAGUAUUAUAGUGAAAAAAAUGCUCAUGAUAAUGUGCAUGCUGGUCUUGUGCAGUCUGAAGAUUUCUCAGAUUCUAUACUAAAGGAAAUAUUUCUGCAUAACUUAGGUUCAUCGCUUUAUUAAUUAUAAAUAUUUCACAGGUAUGUGAGUGGAUAUUAAACAGGAGCUCCUUCAAGCCAGACGUCAUCUGCUACAACCUACUGAUAGACGCUUAUGGCCAGAGAGCUCAGUGCGGCAAAGCAGAGUCAGCUUAUCUGAGGCUUUUGGAGGCCCAAUGCAUCCCAACGCAUGACACAUAUGCUCUUCUGAUAUGGAGCUACUGCACUUCAGGCUUACUGGAGAAGGCAGAAGCUGUCUUCACCGAGAUGAAAAAUGGUGGAAUUCCCCAAAGUAUGCUAAACUCCAGAUGGCUUUCCCUUUUCUUUUAUUUUUGUCUUGAUUUCUUCUUUGCCAGAUUCUUGGGUAUUUAUGGAAAAUAUUAAUGCUUAAAAAUAGCCACUGAUUUGUUCAGGUACUGUUGUAUAUAAUGCGUACAUUAAUGGUCUUAUUAAAUCAAGAAACACUGAAAAAGCAUUGGAAAUUUUUCAGAGGAUGCGGAAAAAUAGAUGCCAGCCGUCUAAUGAGACGUACACAAUGCUCAUUAACAUUUAUGGAAAGGUAGGCUACCCGAUUUCAGCCAGUGAUUUUCAUUUACUAACCCGGGUAAUAUAUAUCCUCUCUAAAUAUUCUCUUUAUUCAUCUCAGGCUGGCCAGUCGGCGAUGGCCUUGAAGGUCUUCAACGAGAUGAAGGCUGCGAGGUGCGAGCCCAACAUCUGCUCCUACACAGCUCUGAUAAACGCCUUUGCAAGGGAGGGCCGGUGCGACAAGGCCGAAGAAAUCUUCGAAGAGCUGCAGGAGGCCGGCCAUGAGCCUGAUGUGUAUGCAUAUAACGCCCUCAUGGAGGCCUACAGGUUGGUCUUGCCCUGUGAGCCUCUUUUUUCUGUGUGAGAUAUGCGUGAUAGAUGAUGCUUCUAUCGUUCGACCUCGCAGCCGAGCAGGUUUCCCGCAUGGAACGUAUGAGAUUUUCUCUCUCAUGCAGCAUAUGGGCUGUGACCCUGACCAGGCCUCUUACAACAUUAUGGUGGACGCAUUCGGAAGGGCUGGCCUCCACGAAGGUAUGACCUGAAAAAAUAAAUAAAUUUUCCUGGUGGGUUGACCUUUUCUGGCGCAUCAUUCCGUGGCGUUUUACUAUAUAUAUAUAUAUAUAUAUUUAUGUACUGUGAGUCAAAGUCAACAUUACUAGAAAAGGAAUUUUUUCCAAAUAUGGUCGAAUAGAGGACGAACUCUGGCCAAAAAUCCUGGAUUUCUAUUCAUGCAUUCACUUCAUACCCAGUUUCACUAUAAUAUUCUCAUACCCAGUUUUUCGUUGACUUGCCUGCAACCUAGGUAUUAUUAUUCGUCAAUUUUUAGUUCUUAGAAAGUAUUUAUUGGAAUAUAUGUCAUUCGUGAUAUAAAUAUGAACUAACGAAUAUAGAAAUCAUUUUCGAGUAUGAGAGCACGGAAAAUUGGUCAACUCCGUGAUUGAUCCUCGCAUAUAUCUGUAGCAAGAACUGCUUAAAAACUUGAUGCCCUGUUCUUACAGAUGCCCACACCAUAUUUGAGGAGAUCAAGAGGCAGGGCAUGGUGCCGACCAUGAAGUCCCAUAUGGUCCUGCUAUCAGCAUAUUCCAAAAGUGGUAACAUCCCCAAAUGUGAAGAAGUCAUCACUAGGAUGCUCAAAUCCGGCAUAAAACCAGACACCUUCGUCCUCAACUCCAUGGUCAACGCCUAUGGAAAGAUGGGCCACUUUGGGAAGAUGGAAGAGGUUCUCCGCGCCGUGGAGAACGGCCCAUUUGAGGCCCACAUCAGCACCUACAACAUCUUGAUCAACGUCUACGGCCGCGCCGGCUUCCUCAGCCAGAUGGAGGAUCUCUUCCUCUCCCUCAGCGGCAGGAACUUGGAGCCUGAUGUGGUGACGUGGACUUCCAGGAUUGGUGCUUAUUCCAGGAAGAAGCAGUACAGGAAAUGCUUAGAGAUCUUCGAGGAGAUGAUAGACGCCGGUUGCUACCCAGAUGGCGGCACUGCCAAGGUGCUCCUGUCGGCAUGCUCGAAUGAAGAACAGGUCAACCAGGUCACCACAGUCAUCAGAUCGAUGCACAAGGAGGAGGUGAGCUCAUUGCUGGCUGUCUGA